ACAACCAGCAAAGCAAAGAGCCAAACACAGCGCAACCUACAUCCAUCAAUCAAUUUCGUGGAAAAUCCCCAUUAGUGGCUUCAUCAAAACAUAAUAUUCAAAAAUACAUAUAUUUUCCUUUUCUUUUAAAAUCGUAAAUAUCCAUCGAGGAUUUCGUAUUAAUAGAAAACUCGUUCUCUCAACAACUCCGAUCGUGUUCAUCAAGAAAUAGAAAACACGCCAAUUGCGAAACCAGGCAAUUGUAGUAAUAAAUUAAAGCCAUAGUCUUAUUAUUACAUUAUAUCAUGUUCAUAGAUUAGAGUCCCAUUUUAUUUUAUUAUUAUUAUUAUUAUAAGAAAAAACGAUGCUUCCGCUUUUGAAGCUUGGAACACUCGCCUUGAAAACCCUCAGUAAACCAGUUGCCAGUAGACUCAAACAACAAGCUGCUCUUCAUCCUAGGUUUCGUCAACUCAUCGUUAAUAUGGCUCAGGCUAAUCAUCAAAUCACAACGAAGAUGCAAAGACGUAUAUAUGGCCAUGCAACGGAUGUUGAGAUUCGCCCUUUGAAUGAGGAAAAAGCUGUUCAAUCUGCUGUAGACCUUAUUGGAGAACUCUUCGUCUUCUCGGUUGCAGGUGUUCUCUUGAUCUUUGAGGUACAAAGAAGUGCUAGAUCUGAAGCACGUAAGGAGGAGUUACGAAAGCAAGACCUAGAGGCUAUGAGGCAAAAAAAUGAUGGCUUGGCAGAAGAAGUAGAACUUCUUAAGCAUAGACUUCAAGAACUGGAACAGCUGGCCCGGGGACGAGGACUCACUGGUAUUCUAAAUUUCAAACACAUUAUUAAUAACGAAAAUGGAAAGGCGGAGAAAACUGCUUGACCUGAUGAAAAGAAUAAUUACUUUUCACAUUUUUUUUUCAUUUAUCUUUGGCAUUAGUAUAAUUCUCACACAGUUUCUGAUUCGUUUGAGGAUCUGGUCAACAAGAAUUUUUUUUGACUAGUUUCAAACUUCAAAUUCUCUAUUUGUAUUGAGGAUUAGAUUUCUCACUGAUUGAAAUAUUCUUAUUGUAUUAGUCAAAAUAAACUGCAGAGACUAUAUUUUUUUGGUGACAAAGAUGUGACUCCAUCUGAUGAGUGGAAAGUUUAUCAUAUCAAAUGUACCAUUUACCUUAAGUCCACAUUACAUUCCUUAAAAACAUUUUA